AUGGAGGACUCGCCGCCGUCACAGCCGCGUGAGGUGCACAUCGACCUCUUCGGCAUCGAAGGCGACGCACCACAGCCACCAGCGCCGCACUUCGAAACACUGAACGGCACUGCAGCGGAGCCUCCGCGGGAGAAGUCGGAGGAAAGCUGCGAUGCUGUCAAGGCGACACAGCACAGCGGACCCGCCGCUGCGCCUAGCCCGACGGCAAACCAUAAUGGCGGCAACAGCACCAACGGCGGGCAGGCGACGGCCGAGUGCGACGUGGGCAGCGCCACAAGGAGUCGGCGGGAUAUGAUGCUUUAUCGUUCCGCUUCGCACGCUCGCCGCCGCCAGGCCUCCACGCCAGUGCUAACUCGCAGCGCGACCUCCAACUCGCAGUUUCCUUUCAAGACGAAGUUGUCUGCUUCCCCAGAGCCCCCCGAGGAGGCCUGGACGCCGGUAGCCAGCACACAAGAGGAUGUGAAGCGCUACGUGCACGCGGUAAUGGAGCAGCACACGACGAUGCUGGCCGCGUGGGACAAACGCGUCUCUGUCGCGGAGGUGUAUCGGGACAAGCCGGUGCGAUCUGGUGGUCGGCCUGCGCCUGUGCGGCCGCAGGAUCGCGGCUUUCUCGAGCGCGUCGAGCAACGCCUCGACAGCUACCUCCGGCAGCUGGAGUUUGCUAAGUCGCUGCUGGCGCAGUCGCACGAGGCGGUGCCGCCAACAAAGUCGGGGCAGAAAGGUGAUGUCAAGGCGUGGCAAGGCUACUGCACUCGCCUCUACUAUACUCUGAGCGACCUCACCGUGGAGGAGAACCUAAUACGCCUUCGAAUGACCAGGGUACUUGGUGUAGGGCAUCAGGGCUUCAAGGUGUCGAUGUGCUCCCGCACUGCCUCUCCAUGCGGCUCUAGCGCGCGUGGCAUGCGCUCAUGCAGUCGCGAGAGCCCAAGCGCACGUGCGAGCUCGAGACCUGCAUCGCGCGGAUCAUCAAAGCCUGCCACACCACGGCAGCAGCUACGGGCGGCAAGCACGAGUCGGCGCGGCCGCUCUGCGCAAUCGUCCGGUAGCACGCAUUCAGCAGCCGCGGCGGGUGCAGAGGCUGCGUGCCCGAACACGCCAACAGGAACUAACGGUUCUCCUUCCCCGCACGCUCGGCAUGCGGUGCCGGAUAGUGUGGUGCGGCGCGGCAACGGUGUUAUUAGACCGGGACACAGCAGCGUCCCCAACCCUGCUCAAGCGAGCGCUGUUUCAGUAGAUCAGCUGCGCCGCCCAAGGCGCUAUGGCGGCCAUAGCGCUCACCAGACGGCUAAGUCGCGCAGGACACCGUCCUCAGCAUCCGCACUCGCCCUGGCGCGUCAGCAGCGGCAGCUGCUCGCCCUCCAUCCUGACACGGUGUCACCACAACCGUCGUGCACCGGCAACACGUACGACAGCCAAACUCCCUACGGCCGCCUUUCACCGCAACGCCGCACGGUCUCUCCCGCCUCCGCGCACAGCCUUAAUCGCACCAUGGCUCUACUGCCGGUACUCACCGACGAUGACGCAGAGCUGCACAGUGGCGCCCCUUCGUGCAGAUCUCUGGAGCGGUCUUCUGCUCACCAGCUCGCCGGUGCGCCCCCACAGCUUCGCACCUACUCCUCUCCCCGGGGAACUGAUGGUGCAAAGGCGGUGACUCCCGGUGCACUAGCGGCGCACCCUCUUCGGCACCGGCAGCUGCUCGAGAGGAUUGAGCGCUACGAGAAGAACGUGACCGCCCUGCAGCCCAGCGACCUGCAGCUUGCGCGGGCGUGCUUCUACGAGCUCUACGGGGAGCAGAUGGGGUUGCAUCAAUACUGUCAGUGGAUCGAUGAUGUCGCCAUCAAGAUUCUGCGUGGGGUGUGA